AUGGAAACAAAGGAAUUUACAUCUUCCCAAGCAGAAUCUAUGUUCAGGUGGAAGGUGGAAGAGACAUUCACAGAGGAACUUGGUUUUGACUUUAUGCUUAUUGUGGACACAGAAGGACUUCGGGCCCCAGAACUCGGCAACAAAUCCCAGAAUCAUGACAAUGAGUUGGCAUCUUUUGUCAUUGGACUUGGAAACUUGACUCUGAUCAAUAUUUUUGGGGAAAAUCCAUCAGAAAUGCAAGAUAUUCUACAAAUUGCUGUUCAGGCUUUUCUGCGGAUGAAACAAGUAAAAAUCUCCCCAAGUUGCCUCUUUAUCCAUCAGAAUGUGGGGGAAGUUACAGCUAAAGACCAAACUAUGGAAGGACGAAGGCAGCUAGAGCAGAAACUAGAUGAAAUGACAGCAACAGCGGCUGAACAAGAACAGUGCUCAGAUGUAACCCACUUUAGUGAUGUCAUCAAGUUUGAUGCCAAUACUCACGUCUACUACUUUGCUCAUCUCUGGGAUGGCAAUCCCCCAAUGGCCCCUCCCAAUCCUCACUACAGCCACAACGUCCAGAAACUGAAAAGUAGAAUUCUUGAGACUGCCAAAGAGGAUUCUAGGGGAAGGAUCAUGAAGAUAUCAGAUGUAAAAUUCUGAGUUCAAGACUUGUGGAGAGCCUUGUUGAAUGAGAAUUUUAUUUUCAGUUUCAGGAACACCCGAGAGGUCAUGGCCAUGAGCAAAUUGGAAACCAUGUAUAACUACUGGACCUGGGAGCUGAGAAGUCAUGUUCUGGGCUUGCAGAACAAGCUGAUCAAUCAGAUUCAGAAUGGAAAAAUCCAGAUGUUCAGAACAAGCACAUUCGAGGCUCCAGUUACAGAAAAAUAUGAAGCCAUCAAGCAAGAAUUGGAGAAAUAUUUUAAUGAAGAUCCAGAUAGUGAAAUACUGGUUCAGUGGAAAGCAAAUUUUGAAAAUAAGCUAAUAAUCCUUAAAGAGGCACUUAUUUCAGACAGCCGAAGAAAAGCCAAUGAACUUAUUAGUUUUAAAAGUCAAGAAAAACUAGAUAACCAAAAAUCAGGUUAUGAAAAGGAAUUAUUGGAAAGAAGCCGAAAGUUGGCUUUAACUCUAAAGGGCAAAGAACUGAGUGAUGAAGAGCUACAUGAGAAAUUCAAUCAACUUUGGAAAAAGUGGGUCAAUGCUGUGUCCUCAACGGUCCUUCCCGUCACUGAGCCUAACAUUGAUGUGGAUUCUGAAGACAUCCUUUUGAAUUAUUUCAAACAGGAGAAAAACAUGGUGGACAUACUGAAGGAAUAUUCUGGAGAAAAGUUUCAAAUCAACUAUGAGAAACAUGUCAAAAUGACCAAGAAAUACCUCAUAAUUAAAAGGAAUUUAGACAUCUCUGAAAUAGAGUCCAUAAAUAUGACUACUGAUCCCAUUAUUUCAAGAUCUAUUGAGAUAAUUAAUAACAUUAGGAGGCAACAGCGUGAUUACAAUCCCAGUUAUUUCCAUGAAAUCCUGAGAAUAAUUGAUGAGGACGUGAAAUCUGCAACCACUGAGGAAAGAUACACAUUUACAAGUAGAUAUAAAAUUGACUUAUCUUUGUGUUUAUUCCAAAGAGCAUCAGAAAAAUUUAAGGAGAUACACAUGGCAUUCAAGAUAGCAAAUGACCCCGUAAACUAUCUGGAAAGCAAGAAGAAUGAUUCCUUCAUGAGUUUUAAGAUCUCUUGUCAAGGGACAACCUCAAUCAAAACAUCUGUUGAUUUUCUGUGGCAAAAACUCACUCCUGCUGUUUCCACCACCAUACAGGAAAAAAUGGCCUCUAAGAUUGCUGGGGACAUACGAGCUACCUGCCCUGCAUUCAUUGGAAACAAGGCUAACUUGGAGAAACACAUUCUCAUCUCUCUGGCAGAAGAAGAAAAUUUUGACAAUUACUGGCAGUACAUUCAAAAUCCAGAUAUUUUUAGGAAUUACAUUAAAAACCAUGUUAAAAGAUAUUGUUCAUUCAAAGGAAGUGAAAAAAUGAAGACUUUUUUAAAAAUAAGUUUAGGUGACAUCAAGAAUGCAAUCCUCUCAGCUAUUCAUGAAUCCACAGCAAUAGCUAAAGAUAAAAGCAGCACUGUGUCUACAUGGUUGGAUUUGUUCUGUGAUCACCUAGGAGGUAACUUGAUCUUUCCAUGAAAAGACUUGAUAAGCAUUAAACACCAGGAGAUCAAAGAUAUUGAGUUUCUCAAAGAAGCCAUGAGUGAAGCUUUGGAUCCCGCAAUGAAGAGACCAGAACAGAACUAUUUGAGUAUGUCCACAGGAAAAAUGGCUCCUGAAAUCGAGAAAAUGCUCUCUGAACAUCUCUCUGGCUGCUGGAAACAGUGUCCCUUCUGUAAAGCUAUUUGUACAAACACACUCCCUACACAUGAUGGAGACCACAGUGUUCCCUUCCACCGUCCUCAAGCUGUCGAUGGAUGGCAUAAAACAGACCACUUUACCAUUGAGUGCUGUGCUAGUCUAGUAGCAAGUGAUUGUUUUCUUAUUUUGAGAGAUGACCGGAAGUUCCCAUGUAAGAACUAUCGCCAGGCAGGAGGGGAGAAUGCCAUGCGGAGCAUCACCCCAGACUCAUCCACCCAGCCAUACUGGAAAUGGUUUGACUUCAGAUCAAAGCUAGAAGAAAAAUAUCAGAAAAAAUUUAUAGGUAAAGGUGAAAUCCCUGAUGCCUGGACCAAAAUCACGAAGCAGAACGUGCUUGAUGACUUGAAAAAACAAUAAUAUUCAAUGACCACAAAAGAGC